AUGUCCAAGCUGGAAGUCGAUGACGCCGUUGCUAAGCUCGCAGAAAUUGGUCAAACAGGUGUAAAGCCAUCGCUAGCAGAGCCAAGGAGGGCACCAACUGAGAAAGAACUGAACGAGACACCUUUGUUCAUGAAGUCGCUGCCUGAAAACUAUCAAGACAAUGAUACGAUACAGGCAUUGCAAUCACUCACUUUUGAUGGCUCUCCUGAUGAAGUCGCUUUACAAUUCAAAGAGCAAGCCAACGAUUAUUUCAAGGGAAAGAGGUUUAAAGAGGCUAUUCAGUUCUAUACUCAGUCUAUCAAUGCUAAUCCAUCCGAUAAAUCGCUACUUGAAUCACUCUACUCGAAUAGAGCUGCUUCAAACCUCGAAUUGCAAAACUUCGGUCAGACUCUCAAAGACACCGCUCAAGUACUUCAAAUUAAUCCACGCAACACAAAAGCUUUAUACAGAGCUGCUAGGGCUUUGAACGCUUUAGAGAGGUUCGAUGAGGCAACAGAUGCUGCCAAUCACGUUCUUCUCCUUGACUCUGAAAAUAAACAAGCUCAAGUCCUUCUCCAGCAUAUCAACACAAAGCAUCAAUCUCAACUUAGGCGUAAAAUUGAGAUAUCCGAAUCUCAAAGAAGAAAGCAUGAGUCUGUGAAUGCAUUAAGGGAUGCGAUUGAGCUCUCUGGUGUCGUCAUCAAGGGCGACAUAUUCAAACGUGACCAUCCAGUUAAAUUUGAUAAAAACUACCUCCCAGAAUCUUCUAAAGAUUCCAUUCCUUUGUUCCCUCCAAAUAUCUGGUCAGCUCCAUCACCAACAACUCCAAUUGAAUUCCCUGCAAAUAUUCUCUACCCAGUCUCACCUGUGGGUCCAAUGGCUGAACAUAUUGCAGGUUUCUCCACGCUAUCAACUUUUAAUGACCAACUCCAUCCUAUGCUGAACCCACCACCUCCAUGGGAUCAAACUGGUGAAUACUCUGGUCAGGCAGCUGUCUCAGUUUAUGUUGCAACCAACCAAGCAAAGUUGUUAAAGGUGGGUAUGGGUUUGACACUUUCAAAAGUUUUAGCCGCUGCAAGCAAAGGCAAGUCAGCUCAACAGGAUGGUGUUCCAUUGAAUGAAGGUGCACUCAACUUUAUUGUCUUGCCAAAGAACGAUAAGGAGAAGAAGUGGGUAGAAGAUUUCAAAAAGCAAGCUAGCAAUCCAAGCAAGCCAUUGUAA